UGUUAUCAGGAGAGAAAAGAGAAGUGCCGCUUGUGGAUAAAACGCAGUGUGGAGUCUGAUUUAGUUUUAUCUGAUUUAGGAAUUGAUUGAAGGGAAAAGUUACCGCGACGCGCUUUUACCGAAACUGCGCCGAAUCGGAACCCGACAAUGGAUUUAACGCAACUUCUCUCGAUGUGGCGCAGCUGUUAGGAUUAUUAUUGUAUCGAACAUUAGUUCUGGAGCUCCCUGGCAUGCACUGGACUUACUUUUCUUGGAGUACGACGGGAUUAAUCCAUGUUUUUGUUUGCACUAUAAUUACCGGGUUUUUACGCACCGUGUUUCUUUGUUUAUAAUCGGAGCGCAGAAUGCGUUAAUAAUGCGUUUCUUGACAAACUAUUAAAACACAAAAUAUCCACGCAAACACGCCUGUCAUAUAGAUUUACACUACACACACGCACUCGGUGCUCUCAUUACACUUCACACACACAUACACACACACGUUGCUUUUAAAUAACCUUUUAUGGACUUGUGUGCGAUUUGCGCUUUUUUGGCUCCAGCGCGCACAAAUAUUUUGCUUGCGCCGAAGUUGAAUAUUCUUUCGGAAUCUGUUCAACGUUCAUUACCAUAAACUUUCCCUGGACUUGCUCGGAUUCGAACCGGGACACGUCUCAACUCCUGCAGAAAGUAUCGCCAAACAUGCGAUAUGGUCACCGAUCACGACUGCGCACUCCGACCAACUCAUGACCCACAAAUAACCUUACAAUAAUCAGACUGUCUAAAACUGGGAACUACUUUCUGAUCUCAAGUACAGAUCAGAUACAAAAUGGCGACGGCCCGGGGCAUCAGACCGGUCCCAUAUUUUAUUUUCUACCCCCUUUUGAUCCUAGAACUGCUAACCGGUCGUGCAUUCAGCUCCGACUUGGCCUGUCCGCAAAACUGCACAUGCACCAUUGAUACCACUGACUGCAGCCAGCAGAGAUUCAUGCACAUACCACAGGAUCUACCGGAUCGCACCGUCUACCUAAAUCUGAGCCACAACCAGCUGACGACGGUCAAUAUGGACGUCCUCUCCAAUCUGCCCAACCUUCGAGAAGUGAGACUGGACCACAACGAGCUGACAUCCAUCCCUGCGUUUGGCAGCGCCGCCUCGGCCAUCGUCACCCUCCAUCUGCACCAUAAUAAAAUCAGCAGCAUACAGAGGAGCCGGUUACAGAACCUGACUCACCUGCAGACUCUGGAUCUGAGCAAUAAUGAAAUCAUCGACCUACGAGAGCACUGCUUCCCUCCCGGCCUCGCAAUCAGAGAACUGUUUCUUGGAGGUAAUAAGAUCGUGUACCUGGAGUUUGGGACGUUCAGGAACCUGGCGGGCACCCUGCAGGUCCUGAGGCUCGGCAGGAACCGACUCACCCAGCUGCCCGUUAAAGGCCUGGAGCUGCCCAAACUUACCCACCUAGAGCUGAGCAGGAACCGGCUGCGCCUGAUCGAGGGUUUGACCUUCCAGGGUCUUUCCAGCUUGGAGGUGUUGAAGCUCCAGAGGAACAACAUCAGUAAGCUGACCGACGGAGCCUUCUGGGGUCUGGCACGCAUGAGGAGCCUCCAUUUGGACUUUAACAGUCUGAAGGAGGUGAACAGCGGCUCUCUGUAUGGCCUGGAGUCUCUGCUGCACCUUCACCUGUCCAACAAUUCCAUCUCCAGCUUCAACCCGGAGGGAUGGGGCUUCUGCGAGAAGCUCCGAGAGCUACACUUGGCCCAGAACAACCUGACGAAACUGAGUGAAGGAAGCUUCGCAAAGUUGGUCAACCUGCAGAGUCUCCGUCUGAGCCACAACUCCAUCAGCUACAUCGCAGAGGGAGCCUUCAGGGGUCUCGGCUCCCUACGACUACUGGAGCUCGACCACAACGACAUCUCAGGAACAAUCGAGGACACCAGCGGGGCCUUUACAGGCCUGGAGAACCUCCGAAAACUCACUCUGUUCGAAAACAGGAUCAAGUCGGUGGCCAAGAGAGCCUUCUCAGGCCUGGAGGCCCUGGAGCACCUGAACCUGGGCGGAAACGCCAUCCGCUCCGUUCUACCUGAUGCCUUCAGCAAAAUGAAGAAUCUACGCAGCCUUGAAAUUGCGAGUGAUAGUUUCCUGUGUGACUGCCAGCUGCACUGGUUUCCUGAGUGGCUGAAGACACGGGACCUGCAGGCGGGGGUUCGUGCCACGUGCGCUCAUCCCGAGAGCCUGAAGGGCACCAGCAUCUUCCAGGCUCCGCCACAGAGCUUCGUUUGUGAAGACCUUCCCAAACCUCAGAUCACGGUUCACCCGGUUCCCACAGCGGCCGUGCUGGGUAAAGACGUACGUCUGACAUGCACGGCAGCCAGCAGCAGCAGCUCGCCCAUGAGCUUCACCUGGAGGAAGGACCAGGAGCUCCUGAGUCACGCUCACGUGGAGAACUUCGCCCACGCCGGCUCUCAUGAAGGAGGCGGAAUCAUGGAGUACACGACCGUCCUACACCUGCGCAGCGUCGCCUUCGAGGACGAGGGGCGGUACCAGUGUGUCAUCUCCAACCAUUUCGGAUCCACCUACUCCAGCAAGGCGCGCCUCAGCAUCAGCGUUCUGCCCUCGUUCGUGAAGACGCCGCGCGAUCUCACGAUCCGGGCCCGUGCCAAGGCGCGUCUGGAAUGCGCUGCGAAAGGUUACCCGCCUCCACAGGUGGCUUGGCAGAAAGACGGCGGUACGGAUUUCCCGGCGGCCCGCGAGCGGCGCAUGCAGGUGAUGCCGGACGACGACGUGUUCUUCAUCAUGGACGUGAAGCCAGAGGACAUGGGAGUGUACAGCUGCACGGCCAAAAACACCGCGGGCAUGAUCUCUGCCAACGUCACCCUCACCGUACUGGAGACCCCCUACCUGGCCCAGGCAAUGGAGGAUCGCAGCGUGGCGGUGGGCGAGGCGGCCGCGCUGCAGUGCAAGGCGGUGGGAAGCCCCGCCCCGCGCAUCACCUGGCUGCACGGUGACCAGCCUCUCCUUCCCAGCGAGCGGCAUCAUUUCACCCACUCCAACCAGCUCCUGGUGAUCAGCAGCGCCGCCCCGGAGGACGCCGGGCGCUACACCUGCGUCAUGUCCAACCCGCUGGGUACCGAGCGCGCUCAAUCCAUCCUGACCGUGUACCAGCGAGACGCUGCCAGCUGCCACGCCCAGGCCAGCACGGGAGCGGUCACGGCCGGCAUCGUGGUGAUCGCGGUGGUGACCAGCGUGGUGGUGACAUCGCUGGUGUGGGUUUGCAUCAUCUACCAGACCAGGAAGAAGAGCGAGGAGUGCAGCGUCAAUACAGAUGAGACGAUCAUCCCGCCUGAUGUUCCGAGCUACCUGUCCUCGCAGGGUACUCUGUCUGACCGGCAGGACGUGUGUUUGAGGGUGGAGUCCAGUGGAGGCUCCCAGCCAAACGGGCAUCUACAUGCCAACGGAGGUUUUGAUGUUCCGGUCGUAUGCACGGACUACAUGGAAACCGGCAGCAACGUCUACGCCAGACCGCCAGACUACUUCCACCAGACCAGAGCACCACCUUCAGGCCAGGAGUACCACCAGAUACAGCAGCCUUCCUCCUUCACCAGCCAAAAGACGAGCGAUGGGCACUGCAACGGUACGCCCAACGGGGUCAGAAGGGAUCCCACGUUAAUGCCGAACAACAGACAGAGCGACAGAGAAGAUUCUACAGAUAGCAGGGCGGGGACGCCGGCUACCUCUCAAGAGGACGAGAGUCACCGUCACCCGCUAAAGCCGCCCUCGGACUUCUCAACCCGCACAGACUCUGAUCUCACACGGACUCUGUUACCCAACGGCCACACGCAUCCGGGUGAAAGCGCUCCCCUCAGACAGGAGAGUGCCUAGCACCCGGUUUGCAUCUCUGAGACUGCUACAGAUUAUUUUUGUACCCUUUUGCACUGUGAACCGCUACCUCGCACCGAGGGGCGCACCCAGAGCCCGUCCCGCGUCCGACGGCGGAGCAGAGGCAUCCCGGCGUCUGAAGGCGAAGCUUGGACGGGCCGUCCGCGUCCCGAUCCGAGCGUUACACCUGUACAUAGUGUUUAAAUCCUCCUCAGGGAGGCGUCGUUCACCGCUGCAAAAAAAAUGUAUAAAUAAAUAAAGAAAAUGUGACUUGCAUUUGAAGCAUGCUAAUGUCGGGAAUACUGUACGAUAGGACAGAGUGCUAUAAUUGACUAUGAAUUGUACAUAAGAGUUUUGGUAUAUAUCUAUAUAUUAUUAUUAUAUAACUUUUGCAAGAGAGUAUUUGAAUCUAAUGUGCAUGGUCUGAUCAGAGUGAUGCGAUGCUAUUUUUCAUCUCUUUUUAUAAAUCACCUGUUUCUCCCGGUCCUGGUGCCUUACAGCAUGAACAAA